UCGUAGAGAUUUGGCUUACAUCUUUUGACCAACCUAACUUUUUUUCAACUAUGGCUAUAAUAAUACAGAGAAAUCCUGACUCUUCUCUCCAUAUCUUUUAAUUUUAUAUAUAUGUGCAUUUCAACUUAGUCCAGUCUUUGUCCUUCUCUCUUUCAUUAAUUCCUAAACAAAGAGAUUUACCUUGGGAAGAUCAGACAGAUAUGGCAAGUUCAAACAGCAGUAGUGCCAUAACUUUGGAGACAACACCAACAUGGGCAGUUGCUGUUGUGUGUUUCAUUUUGAUUACUAUUUCCAUUCUUAUUGAACAUGCCCUUCAUGCCUUAGCUAAGUACUUCAACAAGAAGAGGAGGAAGUCUUUGAUUCAAGCUAUAGACAACGUCAAAUCAGAGUUGAUGCUUUUGGGAUUCAUCUCCUUGUUGCUGACUGUUCUCCAAAAGCCUAUUGCCAAAAUUUGUAUCCCUAAAGGUGCUGCUGAUACUUUUCUUCCUUGCCAAAGCUUGACAAUUGAUGAUGAGCAGGAGGAACCAAAAUGUGAACAACAGGGAAAGAAAUCUUUGAUGUCUGAAGCAGGUGUCCAGCAGCUCCAGCUCUUAAUAUUUGCUCUGGCUUUCUUCCAUAUUCUUUCUUGUUUCCUCACCUUCAGUCUUGGAACGCUUAAGAUGAGAAGAUGGAAACUUUGGGAGGCGGAAACAAGAACCUUAGAUUAUCAAUUUUCAUAUGAUCCAAGGAGGUUUCAACUAAUUCAUCAAACGUCAUUCGGGAAGCGGCAUCUCAAAUUUUGGAGUGAACACCAGUUUCUGCGUUUGCCAGUUUGUUUCUUAAGGCAGUUUUUUGGAUCAGUAUAUAAAGUAGACUACUUUACUCUCCGGCAUGGAUUCAUAAUGGCACAUUUUGCUGAAGGAACAGAGUUUGAUUUCCAGAAGUAUAUAAGAAGAGCUUUAGAUAAAGAUUUUAAAGUGGUGGUGGGAAUUAGCCCGUGGAUUUGGACAUUCUCAGUACUCUUCAUAUUCUUCAAUGCAUAUGUGUUCCACAGCACCUAUUGGCUUCCUUUCAUUCCUUUAGUGAUGUUGCUGCUGGUAGGAACAAAGCUACAGGGCAUUAUCACAAAAAUGUGCUUAGACAGCAAUUAUAAGUCAAGUGUUGUUAGAGGAAACUUAAUGGCUAGACCUGAUGAUCAACUCUUUUGGUUUGGGAAACCCAAAUUGCUUCUCCAUCUCAUGCACUUCAUCCUCUUUCAGAACUCGUUUCAGUUGGCAUUCUUUACAUGGACCACGUACAAAUAUGGGCUAAAUUCUUGCUUCCACCGAAAAACAGUAGACAUUGCCACAAGGCUUGUCAUGGGAGUGUUGGUUUAUUUCCUCUGUGGAUAUGUCACAUUACCUUUAUAUGCUCUCGUCACUCAGAUGGGAACCAAAAUAAAAAAUAGUGUUUUGACUGAUGGAAUGAUAAGAGGGCUAAGAAGAUGGCAAGCAAAAGCAAAGAAGAAGUUGGCUAUAAGGAACAAUUACUUGACACAACAUUCUUUGGAUGUUUCUCCAUCAUUGUUUGGUAGUCCUGAUAAUUCAUUGUCUUUAGAUAUUUCACCAUCUUUUAGAACUUCUCUGGAUGGUUCCGCAUUAACCGAAACUGUAAAUGAUGAAGACAUUGUAGCUGAGAGACAACUUCAGCAGCACAGAAAGCUAGGAUCUUUUAAUGGUUUUCAGUCAAGUAAAUUUAGCGAACAACACUAGAUUAUUGGUAUUUUUUCGAGAGAUGGAGAUAGGCGAACUUAGGAUCUACAGUCAAUGUGUUCAGAAGACUGGUUUUAUUACUUGUAUGCAUUUUUAAUUUGAAAUGUAGUUCUUUCAGGGCAUUACAUUUGAAAAUUAUCGAGGAAGAUGAAAAUUUAGAUAUGUGAGGUUAAACAAGGGUAUAGAUUUCACUUUUUAGUC